GUUUAGGUAUAAAUAGGGGCACGCCGAAAAAUCGGAAUUAGUUCUUCAGUGACUUUCGUGCAGUGUGUUAAUAUAGUAGAAAAGUGAAAAAUGACUGGUCGUGGUAAAGGAGGCAAAGGCUUGGGAAAAGGUGGCGCCAAGCGUCAUCGCAAAGUGAUGCGUGAUAACAUCCAGGGUAUUACGAAGCCAGCCAUACGCCGUUUGGCUCGUCGUGGCGGUGUGAAGCGCAUCUCCGGAUUAAUUUACGAGGAAACACGUGGUGUUCUGAAGGUGUUCCUGGAGAACGUUAUCCGUGAUGCCGUCACCUACACCGAACACGCCAAGAGGAAGACUGUCACAGCCAUGGAUGUCGUGUACGCCCUGAAGAGGCAAGGCCGCACCCUGUACGGUUUCGGCGGUUAAAAACAAGUACAGCUUGUACUUCAUUCAGCAAUCGGUCCUUUUCAGGA